AUGACGCUCUCGAAUCACCGAUCACCGGAGGAUCAGGAUUUGCUGGAACGCAGCACCAAGAAGUCCAAGCAGAACGACGGAGCAUCCACGACUAUGGAUCACGAGACGGUGGAAGCUGUAAUGGAGACGUCGAUGGAAGCCAUGCGCUAUUACGACGCGAUCGCAGAGAUGCCAUGCAAGCGUCCGCCCCCGCUGUCGUAUAGAGACACCGUUGCUGGGCAGAUUGCGGAGACCCGGAUCGCACCGAAAGGAGAUCAUGAGGGGGUCGAUGAGCUAUCAGAAGACGAAGAUAGUGAUGGAGAGGAGGACCCGUUGUGCCCAACGAUAAAGCUGACGAAGGAGGAGAAGGAGGCCAUACGUGCGCCAUGGAGAAACGCACUGAUCGUGAAGGUGUGGGGCAAGGUCGUAGGAUACUCGCUUCUUCUUCGACGGUUAUGUGCACUAUGGAGGCCGAAGGGGAGCUUCGAAUUGGUAGCAUUAGAUAACGACUAUUUUCUGGUAAAAUUCGGAUCCACAGAGGAUCUGGAGUUCGCGAAAUUUGGAGGGCCUUGGAUGAUCCUGGAUCAUUACCUGAUAGUGAAAGAGUGGACGCCGGACUUCGAUCCCAUGACGGAUAAAACUGAGAAAAUGCUGAUAUGGGUUCGGUUUCCAUGCCUUCCAGUGGAAUAUUAUAACAUUGUUUUUUUGCAGAAAGUUGGGCGGCGGAUUGGGAGGCCGAUCAGAAUAGAUCGGGCUACCAGUCAGGUCUCUCGGGGUCGCUUUGCUCGGAUGUGCGUGGAAAUCGACAUAACGAAGCCUCUGUUGUCAAAGUUCAAGAGAAGAGGAAGGACACGGUACAUCUCGUAUGAAGGGAUCCACUUGGACUGCGGGAUGUACGGCCACAACCACGAAUCAUGCCCGAAGAAGGAAGGACCCGGUAAUGGCGUUGCAGACCAGCGAGGUGAGGGGGGGGCUCAAGCGCUGGUGGUGGUGGAGCAACCUAAAGAAAACAAGUCAGAAUCGCGUGCGUCGCUAGCUGCCAUGGGAGAGGACAAGGCGCCGUUCGGGUCGUGGAUGGUAGUCACGCGGGAGGAUAAGCGUCAGAGAAGAAGGCCAGAGAGUAUUCACAGAGGUCGCAAAGGGGAAGAUCCAGUAAAGAAGGUCCAGUCGCGAUUCGCACCUCUGGACAACAUGGGGGGAACGACCGAUUUGGAAAAUGGCGAGGCCAUGGAGCAAGAGGUGGAGAAAGAAAUGGAGAAGCAGCAGGCUGGACAGGAGGCGACGCCAAAAGAGGGUGGGUAUAACAUGGGGAAAACGCGUAACCAGAGAAGAGCGAAUGUGAUAGCCAACGAGAAACAGAUUGAAAACCAGCCAGGUCAAGCAAAAGAGCAGGCGCCAGUGGGCACCGUGGUGCCGAGUUCUCGUACAGCUCACAAAGGAAGUUCGCGGAGGGCAGCGGAGGAAGAUGCUCAUGUGGUAGUGCGAGGAUCGCAAGGGGGGAAUCAGAUACAUACGACGACGGUGUGCCAUGACCGACAAUCUGAUCAUAGCCCGGUGCUUGUCUUGGAGCGCAUGGGGGAACACUACUCCGAUGAUCCUAGCGACCUUGAUGAUGACGACGAUGCCGUCAUGAAGGGCGCUGGGAGCAGAGAGUUUCAGCGCAUUCUGAAAACGCUUAUAAAGAACCACAAGCCGGGCCUGGUGGGACUAGUUGAACCCAAGGUCUCGGGAGCACAGGCGAAUAAGAUCUGUUCGAAGUUAGGCUUUGCUGAAUGGGUUAGAGUGGAGGCAGUGGGUUUCAGUGGCGGGAUCUGGGUUCUGUGGAAUAAGCCGCUGGAAAUAGUGGUGGAAUAUACUCACCCUCAGUUUGUUUUAUUGCAGGUGAAGGAGCACGGGGGGGACCCGUGGAAUCUCGCGGUUGUGUACGCGAGCCCGGCUAAGCAUCUUUGA